AGUCGGUCGGUAGCCGUCGGAGCAGCCGGAGCCCGAGCGCGACCGGCGGUGAGACGUACCGAACACAGUCGGUGAUCGACGACAGGAGAGCGGAGAGGCCGAGCACUGAGUGUGUGGGAGUUGCAGUGGCGGAGAGGGCUGAAGAAGGGACCAGAGACGUACAGGAAGUGGGGAGUCUGUUCGCCUAAGGACGGGUCUGGGAAGCAACUGUCGUAGUCUUCACAGUCCUGCAGUAUAUUGAGGGGAGCCGCAGCACAUCCUCUGGCAGACCCUCGUGCCCAACCGGGACAACACCGACCCACGCCGUGUCGGUGCCGCCGUCAGUCUCUGCACAGAUCGGCGCCAUGUCCGGCGAGGAGGGCAUCACCCAGGCGUGGCUGCAGACGGUGCUGGUCGGAUACCUGCAGAAGGAGCGCGGAGCCGCCGCCGUCAGCGAGGCCGACCCGCCCGACAUCGACGACUACGAGAUCACCGCGCUGGACGAACGAGACAGCGCGCUCAGCGACCUGCUCGCCAUCAAGGUGCGCUUCCACGGCGGCGGCGGAGCCAAGGCCGGCAGCGGCAGCCAGACGGCCCGGCUGGUGGCCAAGCUGCUGCCGCAGGACGCCGUCAGCCGGGCGACCGUCCAGGAGGCCGGCUUCGACCGGCGCGAGAUCGGCGUCUACAGCCGCCUGCUGCCAGACGUAACCGCCUUCCAGCGCCGCUGUCUGGGCUCGGCGCUGCCGCCGCUGGCCCCCGUCUGCUACCAUGCCGAGCACAAGCCGGACUGCGAGAGCAUCCUCGUGCUGGAGGACCUGCGGGCCAGUGGCUUCAGCGUCACCGACUUCUCUGCGUGUCUGACAGAGGAGCGCGCGCGGCUGGCGCUGACGCAGGUGGCGCGUCUUCACGCCACCACGUUCGCGAUGCGGGUGCGUGACGGCGUGGACCUCCUGACCAAGUACGACUUCCUGCUACGGCCGCAAGAGGCAGCCGCGCUCUACGACCACUUCCUGGGCCGCGGCCUGCCGCACCUCAUCGACUUCCUGAAGGGCCUCCAGCGCGCCGACCUCGCCGGCGUCAUCGCGCGGCUCAAGACGUACGUCACAGAGAACACGGCACUCUUCCACAGCCUGGUCACCGCCAAGAGCCACCUCUCGGCCGUGACACACAGCGACUUUUGGUGCAACAACCUGCUCUUCCGCGACGCUCCGUCCGGCGGCGCGGCGGGCGGUGCCGACGCCGGCGCGCAGUGCCGCGUCAUCGACUUUCAGCUGGCGCAGGUGAGCACGCCUACCAACGACGUGGCGCUGCUGCUGCUGUCAUCGCUGUCGGCCGAGGUGCGCCGGGAGCGGACCGGCGCGUUACUGCGCCACUACUGGGACGAACUGACGGCCACGGCGCGACGGUUCGGCGUCUGCCUGGAGACCGAGUACGAGUACUCGCUGGAGCGACUCGAACAGGACUACCGGCGCAGUCGGAAGCUGGCGCUGCUCCUCUGCGCCGGCUCCGUGGACGUGACGCAGAGCUGCCGCCGCCGCGAGGAGCGGCUCGUCGCCCUCCUCACAGACAUGUUCGCUGAGGGAGUUUUCUAGCCACUGCCCGCCCGAAGCGUCUGGUGUCAUGCUGCUGUGGUUACAUGUGUCACAUAAAGCUUUUGAGUAGCCUCGGGACCUCCUUCUCAAGAAUGACGCUCGUGUUCUCCCGCUGACCACACAGCCAGCAGUGGCGAACGUUUCCGUCAAACAUCCAACAGAUUUGUGUACGCCGGUUUUCUUCACGUAUCCGGAAGGCGUGCAAUGCGUCAUGGACGUACCAAAUGCGUGCGCAUACGACCCACCUCGUGGAACGAAACCAUCAGGCUACGGUGCACGGUCGCUUUGACAAGCUUACCGAGAUCAACCAAAGAUGCAGUGCUAGUCUGUGUGGAAGUGGGAGUGUGGGGCUUGCUCGCGCUGACGACAAUAACAGGCAGAUCCAACAGGUUCACCUUGUUGGCCCAUCGAGUCCAUGACAUCGAGCAAAGACAUUCCAGUGAUGCUAGCGGAGUCGUUCGGUUAUUUAUUUUGCUACGCAGCGUAGGCCACAUCAAAGCAGAAGUUUGUCCACAAAGACGAGGAUUGCCUCCUUCCACUGGCGAUAUAAGAGAUCUAUGGACAACCAUAAACUGAAUGGGUCGCUAGUGCUGAGCGAAACACGAGUGAAGUCGUAAUAAAGCGAGCCCGAGUGGCGGGCCUUCCCACCACACUGAGACGCACAGUAUCGCUAUCGGGACGGACCAGUGCUGAUUUGAUGGAGAGCGGGACCGACAGGACGUUUUCACGGUCCAGCGCAUCUGUCGGAACAAGUGACACUGAGAUGUGAUACGGCACUCGAGGUGUCCGCGAUCGACACGGCGUGACCGGGGAAGCGCCGGAGGGGACGGACGCGCUGGAGCAGAACUGACGGCCAUCCACCGAACCUCGUGAGCGCGCGACGCUAGUCGUGAGGGGGCGGAGUGCCGAGCCGUGAACGGUGAGCAAACCCAGCGUGACAAAGCAGUGGGGCAGCGCCUCCACCGCAGUGAGACGAUCACAGCCCGUGUCCGAAACCAGCUCCAGCGGUUUUCUGGCAGAUGGUAGUGUCGUCAGGACAUGGACAAGCCCUGACUGGCCACAUGUGCUGGUCAGAAUCCACGCAGUUUCGCUGGGCCGUGGCAGCGUUGCACUUUAUGUCAGGACAAUACGUGCACCAUAUCUAUGUUGCUAACAGACCGAUAAUCUAUCACCCACAGAGUUUGCCCAUUUUUAUAUCGUCCACCGAUGAGUCAUGAUUCCUCUCUGUGUUCAGUGUUCUCAUUUUAGAUGAUUGUAUUCUCAUUUUGUAUUUAUUUUAUGAAAACGUUUUGCAGGCUUUGUCCAUAAAUAAAACAAACAUCUACAGCG